UUGCCAAUCUAAAAGAUAAAUUAAAUCCUGAUCGACAAGAUUCUCUUGAUGACUUACUCAAAGCUCAAGAAGAAUUGAGUAGAGAUAGUAGCAGUCAUCUUGCUCAAAAACAAUUAAAAAAAAAUAAAGAAAAUCUUGCUGGAAAAUUAAGUGAGAAAGAAAUUAAUAUGAUUUUGGCUAAGAAGAAAGAAGUAGUUCAGUCAGAAAUUAAACUGGAAAUAAUUCAAGAACAACUAAAAUCUCUAAAAAUUUCUUUACCAGAAAUUAUUCUAAAUACCAUACCAAAUCUGGUCUACCUUGAUUUACGUGAUAAAUCAAACUCAACUAUUGAAUCUACUGAACAGUGUUUCCCUGAUGAGAUCAUGAAUUGGACAGGGUUUGAACAAGAAGUAUUAGCCUGGCAACUGGAUGUGAAUAAUAAAUACCCAAAACCAACUUUCAGUCAGCAUCAUACCGUCACUUGCGAAAAGGACAUCUGGACAGCAUCAGAUGUGAAUAUAUUCGAGACAUUAACACUGUUUGAUCGAUCAAUUCUUUUUUUGGAUGGUCAUGCUUUAAAGGGUACUGUUGGACAGCCAGAUUUUGUAAUAGUUAACAGUGAUAUGACACUACUUGUGGUUUGGGAAUGCAAAACUAAAUGGGUUUUAAAUGUACCACCAAACAAAGAUAUUGUCUCACUCUAUUAUCAGGAAAAAGAAACUCAAGAAGGAUCAUUUAUUUAUUCUAAUG